AUGGAGAAUCCAUAUGAGCAAGUGCAGCUGAACAUUCUGUCUCGAAUUAUCGGUAAUAUCGACAGGCUCAAUCAGAGUGUGGCUACUUUGAAUCAGGAACUCGAGAACGUAAAUCGCAGAAAUCGUAAUCUCGAGAUAAUGGGCCAGAUCUGCGAGAACUACCACAACAGUACCCAAUUUAACUUGAAAGCCACUGGGAGUCAAAAGCCUCCGCUAUAG